AUGACAAAGGCAAUGUCAUCGUUUGGAAAGCGUUGGAGUAAGACUCACACAGUGUGCCACCGCUGUGGCUCUAAGGCUUACCACCUUCAGAAGUCAACCUGUGGCAAAUGUGGCCACCCUGCCAAGCAAAAGAGAGAGUAUAAGUUGAGUGCUAAAGCUAAAAGACGAAAUACCACCGGGACUUGUGGAAUGAGGCACCUAAAAAUUAUAUACCGCAGAGUAAGGCAUGGAUUAAGUGAAGGAACAACACCUAAACCCAAGUGGGCAGUUGUUGCAGCAUCCAGUUCAUCUUAA